AUGCCCAUCGAUGAUGCGCUCCAACACGGACAUCAUGCAAUCAAUCACACACUAGAAGAUCUUAUAUUAAAUCGGGCAAGUAGACAUCAAUCAAAUGAUCAUGGUAGUGUGGAGGGGAAACAUGGCAGACACAGAGAGCGAUUGUUGAAUACUAAACUUCCUAGAGCGAACCGGGAACGGAAGAACAACAAAGGGUACAAUAAGACAACAAUAACAAGCGAGGCUGAUAAAGUCGACCUGAAUAUUGUUAGAGAAGAUCUCAAAAGUGACUUGUCUCAAGCUGCAGCAGAGCGUAAACGACGAUCUACAGAUGGUGUUGAUGAUGACCAAUUGCAAAAUAGAGCUAAUAUGGAAAAUGACUCUGUUGAAGCAAUCGACGAGAAAGAUACUACUGCUGAAGCUGAAGUUGAUAAUAAAAAAGAAUUGUUAAGAUUUGAGAAAAUGCUUCAUACGUGGCCUAAAGAUAGACCAAAAUCUGCUAUUUAUUACCUGACGUAUUCAAAACGUGUUCCCGCAUUGGUUGAAUCAAUUAAAACCGUUGACAAAUAUUUUAAUAGCGAAUUCAGUUACCCAAUUAUAAUUUUCUUCAACGAACUUCUAGCAAGCGACAUGGAAAAUAUUCGACAGUCAACAGAAUCAGAAAUAUACUUUCAAAAGGUUUCGUUUAGAUUUAGCCAUAUUGUACAAAGGUUUGAAAGAGUGCCAACAUUUUCCGAAUGCGCUAAUUACACAAUAGGCUAUCGACACGCAGUUAGAUUUCAUUCGUAUUUUGUUUAUAAGCAAGCCAUUUUGAAAUACUUGAAAUACGUGUGGAGAAUUGAUGACGAUGCAAUUCUCACAGAAAAAAUCAAUAACGAUCCGUUUACUGAUAUGAGCAACAAGAAUUUGACAUAUAAGUUCCUAUAUAAAGCAAGAGGAAAAUACAAAUGCCUGGUCAACCUAAAGAGAUUAGUUGACACCUAUGUUCAAAAACUUGAUAUAAAACCAACGUUUUUACGUCAGUUGCACGUGAGUGACAUAUUCGUAAAUAGUUUGGAGAUUUCAGCCACUAGCUUUUGGACGGGGUCUGAAUAUCAGAAAUUUUUCUCUAACCUCGAUGAUUAUGGCAUGAUAUAUCACGCCAGCUGGAGUGACGCUGGUAUCAAAACAUUGGCUCUAUCUGUGUUCGUCAAUGAGCAACGUAUCGAACAAUUGAAGAUUGGAUUUAAACACGGAGACAGAAAAUGUACAACAAGUAUUUCAGGAUAUGGAGGCUAUUUAUGCAGUCCUGUUAAGAACUAAAGACUAAAUGUUUGAAUGUCGACAUCGACAUUGACGCUUAAGUUCCAUACAAUGCUUGAUACAAGUGGAAUUUAUUGUAUAAGGUGUUGCACAAUCGGUUACAUCAGGCCUCCUAGACUUCCAACGCGAACAUCAGUUCUGAGCUCGCGAACUACGUUCCUUGCGCUCGAACCACGAUUCUCACGUUGCGAACGUGAAAUCUUUAGUCGCGCACCACCAUUUCCUCGCUCGCGAACAUAUUUCUCCACUCGCAAAGAGAGAUCCGUGCUCGCGAACAAUUUGUACAUAGUGCAUCCAGGUAUUUGAGAUUCCAAUUACAAGCAACAACAGGAUCGGAGUCUGGUUGCAGUUUACAUUGACCCUUAUACAUGUGUUUUUCAAUAGAGUCAACUCUCCGCCGCCAAUGAAAACCCAUGUAUUUGUUUUUAUUACCCAGCCAUUUCACUGAAAAUGUCAAUGCGUGGAAUUGCAAAGUAGUCCC